GCUAAUUUGUCUCCUGUUUAUAAGACCCUCCUUUUCUUGACAUCUUCAUUUGUAUUUCAAUAUUCUUAUAGUUGUUAUGUUUAGUACUAUCAUUCUCAUCGCCAAAAAGUAGAUUCAUAAUGGAUUUCAAAUUCCUAAUAUUGUUAUUUUCGCUUUUAUUUUUAACGUCAGUGAAAUCCAAUGACAUAAUGCUUGGAUUUGCAUCGCCGUACGCCAAGAAGAUUUACAGUGCUGUUAAAAUUGCCAAUCCUGCGAUAUGGAGGAGAGAAGAUGACGUGAUGGUUAGCUCUCCGAACCAUGAACUGAUCAGUGCUGUUUACAUCACAGACCUGAGACCUGAUAAAGAAGGAGAAGCGUACAUAGAAGCCGGUGGAUUAGGAAGCAAGACUGUUACUAUAGCUUUGAAGAGUCCAUCUAUUUUGAGAGGAUACAAGUUUGCUAUCGAAGUGUAUGCUCAAAGUGUGCAACCAGGAUUUGGACAAAGCUAUCCUGCCAAUCCAGGUUAUGUUCGAGGUGGACUAAGCGGGUAUGCUGGAACAUACUCUAAUACUGGAUAUCCUACUGGAAGCAUAUACCCUCAUGUACACUAUAAGAAGUGAUGUCAUGGUGAUAAAAUAUAAAACAAACAUUCUUAAACAAACAGAUUUAUAUGGAUGACCUGAUAUUUAUAGUGGAGAUUUUACUAUUGUGGUGUUACACGUGUUUCAGUGAUUAUUCUAAAUAUAGAUUAAAAUUUUCGUCUAUUCCUUUGUUUCUGUUCUUGUUUUGUUAUUUCCUUAAGUUAGAAUCUUUGAGGUUUGAGAACAAUAGUCUUAUUUGGGCUAUUUUUGAACAUGUGAUGAACAAUAGGUACUACUCAGUUAUUUUGAGGGUUUAAAUAUAGUAAUUAAGGCCAAGCUUUUAACAAUA